AGGGGCGUGGCGGAGGCGGCGCGGCGGACAGAGGCGCCAUGUCGCGGCGGCGGUGGCGGGGCCCGCAGAGCGCUGAGGGCAGCGGCCGCGGUGCCGACAUGGGGAAGAUGGCGGCGGGCGGCGGCGGCGGCUCCGGCCGCUACUACGGCGAUGGCGGCCGAGCUCCCAAGCGCCAGAAGACCGAGAACGCGGAGCCGCCGCCGCACGGGCCUGGCGGGCCGGGGGGGGCUGGCGGAGGGCCCGGCGCCGCUGGAGCGGAGAACUACGAUGACCCCCACAAGACCCCGGCGUCCCCGGUGGUGCACAUCAGGGGCCUGAUCGACGGCGUCGUGGAGGCUGAUCUGGUGGAGGCCCUACAGGAGUUCGGGCCCAUCAGCUACGUGGUGGUGAUGCCCAAGAAGAGACAAGCCCUGGUGGAGUUUGAGGACAUUCUUGGCGCUUGCAAUGCUGUCAACUACGCUGCCGACAACCAGAUCUACAUUGCCGGGCACCCAGCCUUUGUCAACUACUCCACCAGCCAGAAGAUCUCCCGCCCCGGAGACACGGAUGAUUCUCGGGGUGUCAACAAUGUGCUGCUCUUCACCAUCCUCAACCCCAUCUACUCCAUCACGACGGACGUGCUCUACACCAUCUGUAACCCCUGUGGUCCUGUGCAGAGAAUUGUUAUCUUCAGAAAAAACGGUGUCCAGGCCAUGGUGGAGUUUGACUCGGUGCAGAGCGCCCAACGCGCCAAAGCGUCCCUCAACGGCGCCGACAUCUACUCGGGGUGUUGUACCCUGAAAAUCGAGUAUGCCAAGCCCACGCGCCUCAACGUGUUCAAGAAUGACCAAGACACCUGGGACUACACCAACCCCAACCUCAGCGGACAAGGAGACCAAGGAGGAAACCCCAACAAGCGCCAACGGCAGCCCCCACUCCUUGGGGAUCACCCUGCGGAAUAUGGAGGACCCCAUGGUGGCUACCAUGGGCACUACCACGAUGAAGGCUACGGGCCCCCACCACCCCACUAUGAAGGCAGAAGGAUGGGCCCUCCAGUUGGGGGGCACCGACGAGGACCCAGCCGCUAUGGUCCCCAGUAUGGGCACCCCCCACCCCCACCCCCGCCACCGGAGUAUGGGCCCCACGCCGACAGCCCCGUCCUCAUGGUCUAUGGCUUGGACCAGUCCAAGAUGAAUUGCGACCGCGUGUUCAACAUCUUCUGCCUCUACGGCAACGUUGAGAAGGUGAAGUUCAUGAAGAGCAAGCCAGGAGCAGCCAUGGUGGAGAUGGCCGAUGGCUAUGCCGUGGACAGGGCCAUUACCCACCUCAACAACAACUUCAUGUUUGGGCAGAAGCUCAACGUAUGUGUCUCCAAGCAGCAGGCCAUCAUGCCUGGGCAGUCCUACGGGCUGGAGGACGGCUCCUGCAGCUACAAGGACUUCAGUGGCUCCCGCAACAACCGCUUCUCCACCCCAGAGCAGGCGGCCAAGAACCGCAUCCAGCACCCCAGCAACGUCCUGCACUUCUUCAAUGCACCCCUCGAGGUCACUGAGGACAACUUCUAUGAGAUCUGCGAUGAGCUGGGUGUGAAGCGCCCCUCCUCAGUCAAGGUCUUCUCGGGGAAGAGCGAGCGCAGCUCCUCAGGGCUGCUGGAGUGGGACUCCAAGAGCGACGCCCUCGAGACCCUCGGCUUCCUCAACCACUUCCAGAUGAAGAACCCCAAUGGGCCGUACCCCUACACGCUCAAGCUCUGCUUCUCCACUGCCCAGCACGCCUCCUAACUAGGAUGUCAACAGCGGGGGGUGCCCGCAACACCCCCAGGACCCCCCCAUCCCCUC